AUGUAUCAAGACCACAUCACUACCAGCAAAUCCGAAACUUUCCACGUGAAGACUACUCCGAUACUGACGAGCAGUGUAUCGGAACACAAUGUGUACCUGACGUACGUUUGCCUCCUGAACCAGGCGAGACUCUCAUCUAGCAUGUCCGCGGAUCAAUAUGCAGCGUAUUCCUUCCAACACGCUGCUGGAACUGAUCAGGUUGACGAAGAAACAGAACCAAUACAAGUAGAGCGAUCAAAAGCUGUCCACGAACUUAGAGAAACCCACAGGAACAAAGAUAAAACCGUCCCGGGAAAGACUACAUCGCACACUACAUCCAGUGAGGACAGCGAAAAUGAUGACCGUGAUAACUACGUGAAUUACGAUCCAAAAAUUCUCAAACUCACCAAAAUGAAAUGGCUCAGUGAAGAUCGUGACGGAUCGCCAGAUUCUAGUUCGCCAUCUCUCAGUCCAGCGAGGUCAACGACAAGCUCAAACCUUAGCCAAGAUUCUGGUGACGACGUGGCCAGCCACCCGAGCCUGGACGAUAAGUAUUUGUCCACCAUCCUUCGCUUGGAUAAAGAACACAAUCUAUUUGGGCUGUCGAGUAUAGCCAUCAUUGGAGCGAAGCAAUCGAAGAAGACAAACCGUAAGGACGAUGAGAAGCCAGUGUUCCACCAAACUGCGAUAGUACAACUCUGCGCCAAAGGAUGUGGAACAUGCUGUUCAAAUGGAUGCUGCAAAUAUAAGGAUCCAUGCCAAGUUCCGUUCACAAAACCUUCAUGUCCAAAACCUCCAUGUUGCUAUCCAAAACCUCCUAGCUAUCCAAAAUCUAUGCAACCACCAUGUAUCUCCGUGAAACCGUCAUGCCUCGGCACGAAAUCGCCAUGUCAGUCGAUAAUAUGUCCACCUUCUAAGUGCGCAAACGAAUGUUGUUUCGGAAUGACGAUAAGACUGAACAGAAAACCGAGAUACGAACCUGAGCCCAUUGAAUUAACUCCUCGAAAUAGCUGUGUUCUGCAAAAACCAAUAGCAGCCAGACCAUGCACCCACUGUCCGCGAUGCCUGCCCCCGAGCUCGUGCUUCCCAUACUUGAUGCCUUGCUACUGGCCAUCACGCCCCAGCGCCCCAUGCCUCGACCCUGCUACCUGCUUCCACAAUCCACCAUGUAUGCCUCCGAGGAGACCACGACCCUGCGCGGGCAUGAAAGAAACUUGUGCUAAGGCCCCGGGUCCAUGCAUGAACGCUGCGAAGGCGGUGGGAUGUAUCAACACAUCGUGUUUAGGGAAACUUGAAGAUUUUGCGAAAGCUGUUGAAGCGAGAUAUGGCACUCCUAAACAGAAGCCGGCUUCACCUCCAGGUUCACCCAAGGCAACGAAACCGAAUACGAAAACGAAAACGUAA